UGAAUUACAAAGUGUGCCUAGACACAACUACACUGAGAAAGGAAGAAGACGAUUCGAUUCGCAAAUCGAGCGAGAAAGGCAAUGGAAGACGACCCUUUCCUCCGGAAGUUCCAGCCAUCGGAACUCAAGAUCGCGUCGGAGUUCUUGACGAAUUGCCUUCCUUUCUUGUCUAGAGAUCUCUGCAAAGACUGCGUCAACGUUCUCUCCCAUCGAAUCCGCUCUCUUGACCCAGAACAUUGUAGUGAAGUUGAUGGAGAAGGUAAUAAUAGCAAAGCUGGUUUGGAAUCAGAAGGAAGUAGUAAGAAAGAGAUUGAAAUUUCAUUUGGAACCUUGUCUGAAGUUCUUGGUAGUGUACUGCCAUCUCGACAAGCUGCUGAAACUGCAAGCCCUAGAAUGUCUUGGGCUGAUAUGAGUCAAGAUCAAGAAGAUGAGUUUGACGAGGAGGAGGACGAAGCUAUUGAUGCAAGUCCGAUGAAGAAGACUCCAGAGAAGCCAAAGUUAUCAAGAGAGCAGAGAGAGGAUCUCAGGCUGAAGAAUGUGAAGAGAAAGAAAGAUUUCAUUUGCUUGGAGAGGUUCAAAGGAAAGCUCGUUAACGUAGUCGAUGGGCUUGAGUUGCACACUGGUGUUUUCAGCGCUGUUGAGCAGAAAAGGAUUGUUGAUAAAGUGUAUGAACUCGAAGAGAAAGGACGCAGAGGAGAACUUAGAGAGCGUACGUUUACUGCUCCACAGAAGUGGAUGCGAGGCAAAGGACGUGUGACUAUUCAAUUCGGCUGUUGUUACAACUACGCUACAGAUAGAGCUGGAAACCCACCGGGUAUCCUUCAACGUGAAGAAGUGGAUCCGUUACCUUCUCUUUUCAAAGUGAUCAUCAGAAGGUUGAUUAGAUGGCAUGUCCUGCCUCCAACUUGUGUGCCUGAUAGCUGCAUUGUCAACAUCUACGAUGAAGGUGACUGUAUACCUCCACACAUCGACAACCACGACUUUCUACGUCCCUUCUGCACCAUCUCUUUCCUCAGUGAAUGCAACAUCCUCUUUGGUUCGAACCUUAAAAUAGAAGGUCCUGGUGAAUUCUCCGGUUCAUUCUCAAUACCGCUUCCUGUAGGAUCAGUUCUGGUCUUAAAUGGAAAUGGAGCUGAUGUAGCUAAACACUGUGUACCUGCAGUUCCCACAAAAAGGUUGCAUCCAUUUAUAUUACACAUAGUAACCACUAGAGCUUCUCAUUUGAGUUUUUUUUUUUUGGUCUACAGGAUAUCAAUCACGUUUAGGAAAAUGGAUGAGUCGAAACGCCCGGUUUGGUUCACUCCAGAACCUGAUUUGCAAGGGAUCGAGCCACUGCCGUUGGACCUGAACCGGUCUGAUUCUGCUGCAAGGUCCUCAGGAUCAAGCAACAGCCACAACGGUAGUAACAGAAGAGGAGGGUAUGGACGUAGAGGAGGUGGAGGAGGAAACAAUUACGAGACGAGAGGUUACUAUAAUGCUGAGAGAAGCAGUGAACAGUAUGACUCUAGAGAAUGGUCAUCAGGCCAGAGAAGAGGUAGGCCACGACCUAGUAGAACCUCCUAAGGUUAUAUUAUUAUAUACUUCCAUUUCCGAAGAUGAAAUUUAUUCUACAUUACCAACGAAUAUGUACAACAUAUGUCCUAAUUUUAAGUCCCAUUCAAACAUUUUUCCGCAUUUAUAAUUGUUUUUUUUUCAAUAUUUUUGAUCGUGUUAGUUAGCUUAUGAAAUUGUAAUAUAUAUUACAAAUUUAUUUUGUGGUUUAAGUGUGAAUUGGUUUGUGGACCA